AUGACUAGUAGGUUAUUACCUGCAAUAGUCCACGAAGUAUUGGAUAAUAUAAGAAAAGAUUAUGAACGACGAUCUUGUAUUGAAGAAUUAUUAUUAAGCUUGAACUCAGUUUUUGGUUCAACAUUGACUGAACAUGCUCUUGAACUAAUUGAUGAUGGUAGUGUAUUUUUAAUUACAAGUCAUCAGCGUAGUAUACUUCAAAUAGUUGGCUCAAGAGGUGAUAUUUAUACCAUAAUGGAAACAUCUAAUUUUUGUACAUGUAAUUUUUUCAAACAUCAAGUUUUGAAAGAUAAAGCAUUAUGUUGCAAACAUUUUUUAGCUGCUAAAAUAGCAUUAAUUUUAGGAAGCUUCAAAACGAAAAAUGAGACUCUUGAAGGUAUAACUUCAAUUAUGAUUUCUGCGUAUGGUAAUCAAGAAUUUUAA